UGACAAAUCCAAUCAUACUGAACAGAUGAGGGCCUACCAGGGUAUAAAUAAGCAGCAAGAACUUCAAGCACCUCAGUCGAUCGAAAGAUACUAACCUGGAAACAUCCCAGAGAAAGGAGCAGAUCCAGACUAGACGAUAUUUAUUCUACUCUUAGCAAGACUUCGCCUCAGUGACUGAGCAACGCAACAUGCAAGCAGUAGCAGCAAUCGCCGUUUUUCUAUGUAUUUCGAGUUUCACAGUUUUUGCAAAGCCUACCCCAGGGAAGACACCAGAAGAAAAAUGCAGGGCAAAAGGUGUAGCGGUUUACAGUGUAACAUUCCAGGCAAAGUGGAACAAGAAGCUUUUUCCUAAGAUGUUUCCACUUUACAGACCUCCCGCUCAGUGGUCAAAACUCAUUGGUCGCAGCCAUGACUCAAAAUACUCUCUCUGGACACAAGGAAAAUAUGCUAGCAAAGCUGUCAAAGAGUUCGCAAAGACGGGCCGCACCAUGCAGUUUGACCAAGAAGCACAGGGAUUCAACGGGAUCUUUGAUGUGUUCAAUGGACCAAGAAUCCAAAAGGGACACGGCAUCUCUGUUACAAAGUUUUACGCAGAUCCAAUGCAUCCUAAGGUCUCCGCAAUGGCGAAACUGAUCCCAAGCCCGGAUUGGUUCGUUGGAGUCGACAGCAUAAAUCUGUGCCAGAACGGAGAGUGGAUCACCGACGUGAAAGUGGACCUGGACCCGAUGGACGCCGGUGUUGAUAGGGGGUUUACCUUUACCUCCCCGGACUGGCCAGAAAACGAGAAGAUCUUCCGCAUCACCUCAAAGUACCCAAACCACCCGGCCAAUCCAUUCUUCUAUCCCCGUUUGGCGAAACUACCUCACAUUGGCCAUCUCAUCUUCAAAAGAGUCCGUGUGUACGAUGAUGGGGAAGUGGCAAAAGAUGCAAUGGAUGAGGAUAACGCAGGUGGAAAUGUUGACGACAGUGUUGACUAUUAUGAUGAUGAUGUGGAGGACGAAGAGCAUGAGGAUGAGAGCCAUGGCAACGACUUAGACGCAAUGGAUGCUGACAAAUCUCAGUUUACUCCUCUGGAUUGUAUUGUGUCUGACUGGGGUGCCUGGAGCGGCUGUAGUAAGACCUGCGGCUUUGGAAAACGCACGCGUCACAGGGUAGUCGUCCAGGAGCGCCAAAAUGGUGGUCACACCUGCCCAAUUCUGAAAGAGGAAGAGACAUGUGGCAGCAUGCGUACUUGUAAGUGGAAUCACUUCAGGUUCAAGGGGUUUGGACUCUAAGCCCAUUAGAAUCGGAUUCGUUGAAGGAGACGACACGCAGAAAACGGCCAUUAAUGACCCGCAUCGAAAGAGAUUCGUGUGUAAGUUCCACGCACUUAGGAUAUGGCAAGUUCCAACAGAAGGCCGUUGUUUUUUCAGACCGUGACUUUUCGACACGGGUCAUUCAUGAGAAACCUUAAAGUAAUUGUGGAAUAUUAUACAGUAGCUGGUUCUACUGCAUGCUGUUGUACAGCAAUCAGUCCGAUCUCAUAGGAAACUGCAGAAGGCUUAAUUGAUGAAUGAAUAGGGGUUGGGUUUGUUGCGAGAAGUUGCUGAUUAUUGCAUUCUUAAUUUAGACAACCGCGUUUAAUUUAUUAUAACAAUAUCAAAGCAGCAACUGCUGUUUUGUUCUUACUAAGACUUCAGUCCUUUGAACCAAGAUGAGAAUAAUUGACUCUUGUUUCUUAUCUAGGUGCAUUUCACAGAACUUUUACUGUUAAAACACUGUAAAGGUGAAAUGAUGAAUUGCUAUAUGUAAAUAUUAAGAGAACAUAUUUUUUCCAAGCAGUUUGCUUAGGUUAUUUAUGGCAGUGUUGUACAGAAGAUGUAAAUAUUGAUGAAUAAUUUCGUUUGAACUGGUGAAA